UCAACAACCUCUCUCUCUCUCUCUCCAUAACUGUCACAGAGAAGUUAACUCAAACUAUUCCCAAAUCUAGCUUCUCAGCUCUCUCUCUCUCUCUAGGGUUUUUCUCUCAAACUGUAUCAUCACCACCGCAACCCCUCCCGAAUCUCACACCAAAAUUUCAUGAAUGGACAAUCCCGCGGCACUACUACCUUCAUUCGACACGCAAUCGUCACAACAGAUCAAACAAACCCCAAAUCCUCUCUCUCUACCCCCAACACCGCCGCCGCCUCCUCCCCACCACCACCACCGCAUCUCUCCCCACUACCACCCAUCCCCCUCCCGCCCCAUCUACAGCGACCGCUUCAUCCCCUCACGAUCCGCCUCCAACUUCGCCCUCUUCGACAUCUCCCCCGCCUCCGACUCCCCCUCCGACGGCCGCGAGGACGCCUCCCGGGCCUACAAGGCCCUCCUACGGACUGCAUUGUUCGGCCCCGACUCCGAGAUCGUUCCCCCCGCCACGCCCGUCAAGGGCGUCACGGGGAGGAAUUUUCAAGUGAGUCCACCGAGCCGGAAUAUAUUCCGGUACAAGACGGAGACUCGGGUUUCGUUGCAGUCGCUAGAGCCUUUCGGGUUUGAUGAGGAGUUGAGCGGGGGUGUUACUCAUAGUAUCCCUGUUAAGCCUCCGAGGAAGGUUUCUAGGUCUCCUUAUAAGGUAUUGGAUGCACCUGCUUUGCAAGAUGAUUUCUAUCUGAAUCUUGUUGACUGGUCUUCGCAUAAUGUAUUGGCUGUUGGUUUGGGUAAUUGCGUUUACCUAUGGAAUGCUUGUAGUAGCAAGGUGACAAAGUUGUGUGACUUGGGAAACGAUGACAGUGUAUGUUCAGUUGGUUGGGCUCAGCGUGGGACACAUCUUGCUGUUGGCACCAGCAAUGGAAAACUUCAGAUAUGGGAUGCCUCUCGCUGUCGGAGGGUGAGAACUAUGGAAGGCCACAGACUACGUGUUGGGGCCCUAGCAUGGAGUUCAUCCCUUCUGUCUUCAGGAAGCCGGGAUAAGAGUAUUCUUCAACGAGAUAUACGCACUCAGGAGGAUUUUGUUAGUAAGAUGACUGGACACAAGUCAGAGGUUUGCGGGCUUAAGUGGUCUUACGAUAACCGUGAGUUAGCUUCUGGGGGAAAUGAUAACCGGCUUUUCGUAUGGAAUCAAAACUCAACACAACCUGUGCUAAAAUACUGCGAACAUACAGCUGCUGUAAAAGCAAUUGCAUGGUCCCCUCAUCUUCAUGGGCUACUAGCUUCUGGAGGUGGUACUGCUGACAAAUGCAUUCGCUUCUGGAACACAACCACUAACACACAUUUAAGCUGCAUGGACACUGGCAGCCAGGUAUGCAAUCUUGCAUGGUCUAAAAACGUCAAUGAACUUGUCAGCACCCAUGGAUACUCGCAAAACCAAAUAGUAGUCUGGAGAUAUCCUACAAUGUCAAAGUUAGCCACACUGACCGGUCAUACAUACAGAGUUCUUUACCUUGCUAUCUCACCAGAUGGACAGACAAUUGUCACAGGUGCAGGGGAUGAAACACUUAGGUUCUGGAAUGUGUUCCCUUCACCUAAAUCUCAAAACACUGACAGUGAAAUCGGAGCAUCUUCUCUUGGAAGAACUCAGAUACGGUGAGCCUUCCAAACCUUUCUUAGGUUUGUUGAGCGGCCGCAUCUAGAAUUCCUUCUGCUACUGCAGAACCGCGUGGAAUCUUAUAGUUUGUCAAGGGAAAAAGAAGGUAAUGUGAAGAAUGUACACCGAAUCCGUUCUUGAACGGAGCCCACGCAUCGCCAGAGAAUAUGCAGUAGGAAUCUCGGAACUCGGAAGCUUGGAGAUGAGCAGAGGAUUAAUUAUCUCUGCUUUCUUGGUAAUUGAUGGUUCUGUAUAGGUUUCGAUUGUGGUAAACUUUCAUGUACAGUGGGAGGUGUUAUGAAGCUCUCGAUAACUACUCCCUUGCAUUGUGUAAUUAGCAUAGAGAUCAUAU